AUGGAGCCGCUGGCCAAGUGCCCCGGGGCCUUGACCGCGCCGGCGGCGAUUGGGCCCCCGCGGGCGCAAGGGGCGCGAGGCCGCUCUGGGGUAUCGCGGAUCGCGCGGAGGAGGAGGCUGGUGCUGAAAUCGGCAAAGGAUGAGCCCGCGUUCGAAGUCGAUCUGAGCACGGAUCUGUUGGAGUGCCCUACGCUGCGGGAGCACCUGUCGUCCAGGCCGAGUCCCUUCGUUUCGCACAGGAACUUUGGAGGCGGAUUUGUGAAUGACAAGGACAGGGUCUCCCUUAGAUCCAUGGAGUUCGCAUCCCCAGAUUCCACUGGUGCUGGUUGUCAAGGCAUUCAGUACCUGACCGUUGACGAGGAAACCUCGGAACAGUCUGAGAUGUGCCUGCAGCUGCCCUCCUGGGCUGUGCGGGCGGGGGCACGGGAGAGCAUCUACAUGAACCCUGAGAAGGUCACCGCUGCGAUCGUCACUUGUGGGGGCUUGUGCCCUGGCCUGAAUGACGUUGUUGCUGGGCUGGUGAACAAGCUGACCGACUAUGGUGUCAAGGAAGAUAAUAUCCUCGGCAUCAGAUAUGGGUUUCGGGGUUUCUAUGAUCGUGAGCACAAACCCAUGGUGCUCACAAAGGAGUCUGUGGAUGGUCUUCAGUUGCAGGGAGGCACCAUCCUGGGAACAUCGCGAGGCGGUGCAAAUAUGCGGGAGAUCGUCAAGAAGAUCGACAUGUGGGGCAUAAACAUGCUGUUUGUCGUUGGCGGAAAUGGUGGCAACGCUGGUGCCAACGCCAUACACGAGCACUGCAAAAAGAACGACGUCCACUGUGCAGUCGUGGGUGUCCCAAAAUCGAUAGACAAUGACAUCUUAUUGAUCGACAAGUGCUUUGGAUUUGACACUGCUGUUGAAGAAGCGCAACGUGCACUGCUUGCAGCCAAGGUGGAGGCCUCCAGCGCUUACAAGGGGGUCGGCCUGGUGAAGCUGAUGGGCAGGCAGAGUGGCUUCAUUGCAAUGCAGGCUUCUCUGGCUUCAGGUGUUGUGGAUGCCGUGCUCAUUCCGGAGGUUCCUUUUGAGCUCUACGGUCGGAAGGGUUUGUUCCAAUACCUGAAGAAGGUGAUACAACACAAGGGCCACGCCGUUGUGUGUGUUGCCGAGGGGGCUGGACAGAACGUGAUGGCACAGACAAACAAUGGGAAUGGUUCCAAGGCAACAGAUGCCAGUGGCAACCCCAUCCUACAGGACAUUGGCAAGUUCCUGCGUCAGGAGAUGCACUCCCACUUCAAGGACGCUGACAUAAAGUACAUCGACCCCACAUACAUGAUCCGUGCCAUCCCGUGUGCUUCCACCGACCGCGUGUAUUGCAAGAUUCUUGCGCACAACUCUGUGCAUGCCGCUUUUGCUGGGUACACGGGCAUCACCGUGGGGCUGGUGAACACGCACUAUGUGUAUCUGCCGAUCCCUGUCGUCAUCGCAGCUCCUCGAAUGGUCGACCCAAAGGGCAAGAUGUGGAACAGGCUUCGGGCGUCCAUCGGUCAACCCACAUUCUAUGAGACUCCAGAUGAGCCCUAUUGGCCAUUCUUGAGUGAAGACUUCGACCUGACAGAGGGCGCUACCAUAACAUAG